AUGGAACUAAAGGCGGUUACAGCGUGCGUGGCACAGUACCAUAUGGUCAGCAUGCUGGGAAAUUGGUGGCGAGCCGGGAACUUCCCGAACACUCGAAUUUUCCAAAAGAUUGAUGAUGGGCUACAGAAAAUUAGAAAUCGUACGAUGCUCCAUGCACACGUGGCGAAUAAGAUUCUGGACAUUAACAAGCGACCGGCUGACCGACGCACCAGCGCACUAUUGGGUACACUAAAACUGACGCUACGUCGCGCUCACAUUCCCGAGUUUAACGACAGUUUCACGGUCAAGGAAAUUGCGACACUGUACGGGGAAGAUGAUCUACGCCAAAAAUUUCAACGUGAAGAAUUGGACAGAGCUAUGGACGCCAUUAAUGCUGAUGAACUCUUUCGUGCAAUGGAAGAAGAUGGAGAAUGGAUAGACAACACUCCAACUUAUCAACAACCUGCGCCUGCCACCAUGGAAGUCGACGACCCGGCAUUACAUACAGUACCUCAGGAUGCCAUUGAUGAAUAUAUCAACAACGUCAUGGCUCAGCAUACGCAAAGCGGAACAACUGUUACCAACGAAGAAGUGGACGCAUUCAUAGACCGGAUUAUGCAGGGCUCACCUGAAGACGAUCAAGUUGACGGUGUUCAAGCGGGCGGAAGUGGUAACGAUGCAGAGAUUGCAAAAGAACCAGAACCAGAAGAGUUGGACAUAACAGACUUCGAAAAACGUUUUGACUGGAAGUCUCUGUUCACGCUGAACAAAGAGGGUCAGACGGAGACGAAAAAGUUUCACCACAUCAAGUAUCGGUACAGUGUACAGGUUGCUCCGCUGCCGCAAAUUUUUACUCCCAAGCUGUCAGUGUUCGCUAUGCCUCACAUUUUCCAAGCGAUUCUGGAUUUGUGUACAAAGGAUUUUCGGCCAAACGAUCGCAUAAUAAUCACCCUUUUGAGCGAUUCCUUGGAUCACCCGAUGUAUCUUAGCAUGCGAAAGUUCGGUCAGUUUAACAUCGACGCACUGAUGCAAAAGUUCACCUUACUGAACUCCAAACACAAGUUCUGCAUUGAUGAAAGUUUUGGCAUUUUAAUCGAUCGUACCAUUAUCCCUUCUGGUGGAAAACGCAGAGUACAUAUUCACAGCUCAAUGGACAGAAAGAGGUUCAGCACUUCAAUCGUACAGGUUCAUGUGGACAACAACUUAUGCCUGCCAGCCAGCCUAAUAUUGGGUCGCUAUUACCAUACAGAAGGAACUCAAGGACAGCAGUGGGGUGCUCUCACUGAUCGACGUCGAAAAAUUCUGAAAAGAGAUGCAGGCAAGCUAGUGGAAGAAGCCGGUUUACGCGUUGGGGAUAGAUUUAGUCUGGACGAUAUCGUCACCUUCCAACAGACCGUCUUGCCGGAAUUUCAGAUUAAAGUAAUUUCCGUUCCAGACAGAAACCUAGUUAUUGCCAAAGUUCCAGAAAAGAAAGAGCGUGGAAUGAAAGUUAUAUAUCUUUUGUACGAGAACAACCAUUUUGAUUUGGUAACAAAGCCUACGGGAUUCUAUUGCACCAGCUACUACUGCCAGGACUGUGACAAAGCAUACUCUCGUAAGUGUGAACACCGAUGUGAAGGAAAGUGCAACCUGUGCUACCGCUUUCGCGAUGAAUGCAUGAUUGAAGAAGAAGUGGAUUGUGAAGACUGUGGACGCAUUUUCAAUAACCAGGUAUGCUUUAACAUACACAAGAAGAAAAGAAAAAACGACAAAAGCUACUGCGACCAGCUGUUUGUUUGUGCGGAAUGUAGUACAUUCGUGAACAUGACCCGGAGACCAGAUGACACUCACCGAUGUAACGAAAUGCACUGCAUGACCUGCAAAAAAUGGGUACCGCAAGCGAAUCAUAGAUGCUAUAUGAAACCGCUAGAAGAAAAAGAGUAUCCAGCUGUUCCUCGUCAUAAAAAUUUUGACUACGAGACAUAUGUGGACGAAGACGGACUGCAUCGCCCUUGUUACGUGGUUGCUCAAUACCCUUCUGGAGAAGAAUUCCGCUUUCCACCGGACGGAACUCCUAUGGCUAACUAUGACGUAGCUAACGAAUUCGGCAAGUGGGUUUUCCGAGAGGACCAUCGCGGUUAUACACUAGUAGCGCACAACCUGCGAGGAUACGAUGGACACUUUCUCCUAGCAUACCUUCUGGAUAAUAACCUGAAGGGAGUAGAAGUCACGCGACGAGGUACACAACUUCUCGACAUACGAUAUCGAUCUCUUGAAAUAUGCUGCAGAGACACACUGAAUUUUGUGGCCACGAAACUAUCGAAAUUUCCUAAAGCUGUCGGCCUGGAAGAUGUUCAAGUCAAGAAAGGUGAAUUCCCCCAUCGAUUUAACAAACCUGAGAAUUGGGACAAAGUUUUACCAUUUCCGGAUUUGACACUGUACUCAAGUGAAGGUCUCAUGAAAGCCGACCGUGAAAAACUGGCAAAAUGGCAUGCUGAAGAAAGUUUGAAAAAAGAUCAUCUGUUCGAUUUUCGGGAAGAAAUUUCUAGCUACUGCGCGAACGAUGUCACGGUCCUGAGAAGAUGUGCUCUGAAAUUCCGCCAAAAUUUUAUGGACCAGACGGCUAUUGAUCCAUUCACAAGCAUGACAAUAGCUUCAGCCUGCCAAACGUACUACCGCACACAUGUCCUUGAAGAGUCUGAAAUUGGUAUCAUUUCCAGCAACGGUUACCAAGCGAAUAGGAAAAAGAGUAAGCAAGCCACUCAAUGGCUAGAAUGGCUCAAAGAGACCAUACCGACAAUCCAGCAUGGCCGCGAUGGUGUCAGUCGAGAAAAACGUAUUGGAAAGUAUUUUGUCGAUGGCUAUGACCCCGCGACCAAAACGGUUUAUGAAUAUAACGGAUGCGUUUUUCACGGGCACCCUAUCUGCACCUGCGAAGACGAUAGGGCACCAUUUUCCAAUCGAAAGAUGCGGGAGCUAUACGAAGAAUGGACACGAAAAAAAGAUUAUUUGGAAUUUCGUGGUUACAAAGUGGAAGUCAAGUGGUCUUGUGACUGGGUGCGCGAGCGAACGGAACCCACAAUUGCAGCAUUUUUAAAGAGCAUGGAACUGCGUGAUCCACUGAAGCCGCGUGAUGCCUUUAAAGGAGGCCGUACCAAUGCUGCAAAACUUUUCCAUGAAGUCGGGCCAGGCGAAAAAAUUAUGCACCAAGACAUUGUGUCUCUAUACCCUUAUGUGAACAAGACAUGCGAGUAUCCAGUCGGACAUCCACGGAUAAUUAUUUCAAAUUUCCAGCCGGUGGAAGAAUACUUUGGUUUUGUGUAUUGCAAAGUCCUGCCACCGGAUAAUCUAUAUUUCCCAAUUCUGCCAGCCACCGUAAAUGGAAAAUUGACGUUCAGUCUGUGUGCAAAAUGUGCUGACACUGCUCAAAACGACUAUUGCCGCCACACAGACGAGGAAAGAGCUCUUGAAGGCGUGUGGUGCACCACCGAAUUACAUCACGCCCUAAAGAAAGGCUAUAAAAUGAUGGACAUGUAUGAAGUUUGGCACUGGGACAGUCGUAAAAAAGGCCUUUUCGCUGAAUAUGUGAACAAAUUUCUUAAAGAAAAACUGGAAGCCUCUGGAUGGCCACAGGAUUGUAUUACUGAAGAGCAGAAACAAAAGUACCUUGCUGAUAUUGAAAAGCGUGAAGGUAUAACGCUGGAUCCGGAGCGGAUAGAAGACAAUCCAGCACGAAGAGCCGUAGCCAAGAUCAUGUUAAACUCCUUUUGGGGAAAAUUUGGGCAACGCGACAAUUUCCAGGAGACCUUGUUCAUUAAUUCUGCAAAGCAAUAUUUCGAUCUUCUACGCUCCGAAGCCAUAGAAAUUCACAGCGUGCAUGCUGUAAAUGCCAAUACCAUGAUGGUCACCAAAUCGAAAAAGGAGGAUUUCAUCGAAGGCAGUAAUUCUGUGAACAUUGCCAUCGCCGCCUUUACGACUAGCCAUGCUAGGCUUAAACUACUUAAUCGCAUGGAAAAGUUGGGUGAGCGAGUUCUGUAUUAUGACACUGAUUCAGUAAUUUUCACAUGCAAAGAGGACCAGUGGAUGCCCCAAACCGGUACGUUUUUGGGUGACUGGAGCAAUGAGUUGGAGCAUGGUGAAACACACAUCACAAAAUUUGUGUCUUGCGGGCCGAAAGUUUACAGCUACCAGACCAAUACGGGUCGGGUUGAGCUCAAGGCUAAAGGCUUGACGCAGAAUGGAUACACUGAGGACAUUAUGGAUGUGGAUCUUGUACGAACGGGAGAGCAGCUUAAUUUCGACAAGUUGAAAAGUAUUCUAAGCGGAGAGACCAUUCAAGUAGUCUACCCGGAAUACUUCAAACGAAAUAUGAAAACGCAGGAGAUUUCGACAGUUAAGUUGGCGAAACGUCUUCAAAAAGUGUACGACAAACGGAUACUGCGCGACGAUUUUACCACCAUCCCGUUUGGCAGCAAGCGCAGACUGUCACACGUCUAA